AUGUCUAAACAGCUAUUGCGUAGUGCAAAAAACGUUGUAAAUGGGUAUUCCGCUGCUCAAAUAUUGGUUCGUAAUGCUACUUCCAACGAAGAAUAUGGUCCUUCUUUGGAUCAAAUGGAAGAAAUAGCUGAACGAACUUAUAGUGCAGUCGAGUUUUUUGAAAUAAUGGUGAUGUUAGAAAAGCGUAUGGGUGACAAGCCAAAACAUUGGAGACAUGUGGCGAAGUCUUUAACUGUUGUUGACUUUCUUGUUCGUGCUGGUGCGGAGACUUGUGUCGAUUGGGCUCGGGAGAACAUACAUUUCAUUAGAAAGUUGACUGAAUUUUUUUAUGUAGAUGAGUCCACAGGGGCAGACCAUGGGCAACUGAUCAGGGUGAAGGCUAAGGAGUUAGUUUCCUUACUAAAAGAUGAGGAACGGUUGCGGGAUGAAAGGAGAAUGAGACUCGGACGUAAUAGCAGAGCCGCUGCUAAAUCACCACCUCCAGAAGAGAUGGAUCCUGAUUUGAAGAGAGCAUUAGAAGAGUCAAGACUUACCGCUGAAGAGGAAGAGCGGAGGAGAAAGCUUGCCGAACAGGAACAGAAUAACGAUGAACUACAGACGGCAUUGCAAUUGAGUAAGGAAGAAGAGGAGUUGCGUAAAUUGAGGGAACUACAGCAACAUAGAGACCAGCAAAUGGCUUUGAUGCAGCAGCAGCAGCAGCAGCAGCCACAACAGCCAAUGUACUAUGAUAUAUUUGGAAACCCUAUUACUUUAGAAGAAUACAUGAGGUAUCAACAGGAACAAGAGUUCGCUCAACAACAGCAACUCGCACAGCAGCAGUUGUUAGCACAACAACUGGCCGAGCAGCAAGCAGCUGCUGAGCAGCAAUACUUGGCCCAACAGCAGUACCUAGCGCAGCAGCAGCAAUUGGCACAGCAGCAACAACUUGCACAGCAGCAGUUUUUCGGACAACAAUCACAACUCAAAUCAGGCCCAUAUAAUCCUUUCUCAUUGGAUAAUAUUAAUAAUUUAGAGCCUGAAAAGUCUCAAAAUGAUUUCUCGACAUCGUUUGGUUCCUACAAUGGUGGAGCUAAUGGCAAGUCCAGCCCAUCACCAUCGCCUCACCUUGCACAAUCCCCUCCACCGCAAAUGCCUUCCUCUCAGGCACAGCCACUUCAAACCCAGCAGCAGCCCUUGAACGCAAUUAGGACCGGAGAUAAGUCAAUUACGGAUAAAUAUGGUGAAUUAAACAACUUGUUAGCAUCAGGAACUGGAAUAGAUACGUUCGGUAACACCGGUCAAGCGAGAAUUCCUGCCCAACACACGAAAUCUGGAAAUUUCAUUAAUUCCCAGGGUACUGGCUAUAAGCAAGUUACUAAUGAAACAUCUAAACAUAAUCCAUUUAUGACUUCUCAAUACACAGGUCUACCAAGUACCAAUAUGGUUCCAUCUCAUACUGGAUAUGGAUUUGGUAAUACUACUAACUAUCAACAACCCAAGAAUAAAACAAAUGACCAGGGCAUGAGUUUGAUUGAUUUAUGA